AUGCUAUUAAUUGCAACAAAUUAUAGUUUUCGAUACGUCGUAGAAGAAAGUCAAGCUCAUUUGAUGAUUCAUUUGCUGAGAGUUCGCUUCCAUAGACAAAUUAUACUUGUGAGAGCUAAAACAUUACUCUAAGCUUAGAAUAAUAAGAUUAAUCCCAUUUAUUAAGAAAUUUAAAUGAUGAUUAAGAAGAACACAAAACAAAUACAAAUGCCUUAAAGAAUAUUAUUAAAUCUUUUUUCAAUUUUUUGA